CCAUCCCUCGACUGAACUCACAGCUUUAGGGUUUGGCUGCGGCUGUUUACGCCAAAGCAUUCGAUCAUUCCUUCUCAAAGCGAUUCGUUUCGGUCGAUAGUUGAAGGCAGUAGAAGCUGUAAGUCAGAAUGGAAUUAGCAGACAGAGCGGUUGGGUUUCUAUUAUCUUUUAUCAGCAUAUCCAUAUUCACUUAUUAUACCUUUUGGGUCAUCAUCCUGCCAUUUGUAGACAGUGAUCACUUUAUCCAUAAGUACUUUCUGCCUCAAGAUUACGCCAUACUCAUACCUGUAUUCGCUGGAGUGACACUUCUCUGCUUCUUAUGCACAUUUGUUGGGUUCGUGAUGCUCAAAUCCAAGCAGAAGGCAAAGUAAAUUCACUGUUUUCAUUUAUUUGAAGUUGCUCCUGAAUUUCUUUUCUUUUUCAUUUCCUCCCCCCCUCCACACUAUUUUUUGAUCUAGAUGGAAGUGAGUCUUCUACAAAAUUAGUAAAGAUAUACCACAUACUGGUUUUGUUAUUGGCAUAAUGCUGAAAUUUUAUUUUAAGCAAAUAUACGGGAUGAUUAAAAUGCAGUGUCCCAUGUUGAUUACGUUGUGUUUUCAAGAUUUCAUCUAUUAAAUAAGAGGUGUCACAUGGUGGGUUUCCUUUUCA